AUGUGUGGUCCUUACAGCAUUGAUGGCGACCAGAAGUGUGGCAUGAACCUGUGCUGCUCGGCUUAUGGAUGGUGUGGAACCGACGACGUGCACUGUGAUUCCACCCCAACGGAAGCGAACGGGAUGGCACCUUGCCAGGCAGACUAUGGCCUCUGUAAGAUCAUCCCUGCCCCCUCUUGCGGAGAGGGCUCAGGAUCGACCAAUGGACGAGCCAUCGGGUAUUAUCAGGCCUCCAAUACCCGUGAUCGGUUAUGCAAUCGCAUAUCGCCGUCGCAGAUCAACCUAGACGGGCUGACCCAUCUCUACUUUGCCUUUGCCAAAUUCGAUCCUAGCACAUUUGCUAUCGUGCCUGGCGAUACUGCCGACGAGGAGCUCUACCCUGAAUUCACGGCUUUGCAAUCUAAAGGGGUGAAGACAUGGGUAGCCAUCGGUGGUUUCGACUUUUCUGAUCCGGGCACUGCUACCCACACCGCUUGGUCCGACAUGGUGUCCAAGAGUGCUUCCAGGAGCGCAUUCAUCACUUCUCUCAUGGCGUUUAUGAAGAAGUGGGGCUUUCAGGGUGUGGAUAUUGACUGGGAGUAUCCUGCUGCGGCUGCACGAGGCGGCGUGUUGGCAGACACUGUCAAUUUUGUCAGUCUGGUCAAGGAGAUGAAAAGCGCCUUUGGUGAUAGUUAUGGCAUCAGUUUGACUUUGGCUCCUGAUUAUUGGUAUCUCCGCGGGUUUGAUGCGAAGGGAAUGGAGCCAUAUGUUGACUUCUUUGGUUUCAUGGCAUACGACUUGCACGGUUCUUGGGACACCGACGUCAAGACCUUGGGGUCGAAGGUCCGUGGUCAAGCGGAUAUCAGGGAUAUCAGCAAUGACACCCUGCCUUUGUGGUUUGACGACUUGACGCCUUCGAAGAUCAACUUUGGGUUGGCAUACUACGGCCGUGGUUAUACGCUUAGUGACCCUAGCUGUAACACGCUGAACUGUGCUUUCUCAGGGCCUAGCAAGCCAGGUACUUGUACUAACUUUGCUGGAGUCAUGUCGUUGCUGGAAAUUGAGAACAUUAUCAAGGAAAAGAAGCUGCAACCUACUCUUCUCAGCGAGGCUAUGAUGAAGCAAAUCACCUGGGAUGAUCAGUGGAUCGGAUACGACGACGCUGACACCAUCAAAUUGAAGAAGGCAUGGGCUGAUGGACAAUGUUUCGGCGGUACCAUGGUAUGGUCUGUCGAUUUCAAUUCGGGAAGCGGAAGCGGUGAUACUCCGACCAAGACCACCGACGGAACCUGC